AUGAAGUGCAAGAAGCACCCGGGCGACCUCAGCAGCGGCGCCGGCGUCUGCGCCUCCUGCCUCCGCGAGCGCCUCUUCGCCCUCAUGGCCGCCCAGGCCCAGGCUCAGGCUCGCGCUCAGGCUCAGGCUCAGGCUCUGGCCCACCGCGCCGCCGCCGCCGCCGCGGAGGAGCCCCGUAAAUCCGACGCCCAGCCUCCUCCUCCCCCUCUCGUUCCCUCGCUCCGUGGUUGUCGCGCCUCCCCUUCGCCGUCGUGGCUUUCGUUCCUCCCGGGCCGGCGGAGAGCGCAAUCGAGGCUGUCCUCCUUCGAAGAAGUCUCCACUGUCGCCGCGGUCGACGGCCGAUGCGGGAGGCCCUCUCGGAUCCCGGCUCGCGGGAUGUCGCCGGCGCUGGGAGAGGAUUCCGACGGGAACACCGGCGGCGAUCGGUCGCCGCGGGGCAACGGGUGCUCCUCCGAGACGUCGUUGUCGCCGCCGUGGUGGCGGAGGACGCCGGUGACCCCCUCCUACGCCCCCAAGUCGGCGACCCGGCCGAGGCCGGGCCACUCGAGGAACGUGUCCGGGUUCGCCUUCUGCCUGAGCCCGCUGGUGAGGGCGAGCCCCAGCCGGAACCGGAGGCAGAAGGGGUGCAUGCCGCCGGAGGCGGGGUACUCCGGCGAGAUCGGCAGGGCGUCGGCGAAGCCGCACCUCGCCACGGCGUCGUCGUUUGGCAAGAACCGGUCGCGCAAGCUAGCGGAUUUCGGGAGAGCGCACCACCACAACCGUUGA